AUGGCCAAGAGAUCACAGAGAAGGCUGUCACGGCAUGAAAGGGAGCAAGCAGGUUGUAUAUGGAGUUUUAUUAGCAUAUUGGACUUCCGCCGUGGUCGAUCCAACCGAAAAUUGAUUGCCGAUAGAAGGCGAGAAAGCAGACAACCUGUUGGUGCCGGGAAUUCAAGUACCAAAACAAUUGUACCUGGUCCAACUGGAUCGGAUGGUAAAGAAAGUAGAGUGGCUGUGGAUGUUGCCAAGACAAGUGUAAAGGAACUCAUGGAAGAAGAGAUGCUCACUGAGCAAAGCUUGGAGAAUGUGGCAAAUGAGUCUGAAAUUUGUUUGAAGCAAGUUGAUUCAGAACAUGGACACCCUAUAAAAAAGAAUCAUAAGCGAAUAAGCAGAACUCACAAGUCAUUUAGUGAUAUGAACGUCCCCAAGUCAGAUGCUGCAGAAUCUUUGAUGCCCGAUAAAGUUCCUGAGCAAAAACCUUCAGAUACUCUUGAUCAGGAAAUAAUGGAAGAAUUAUCCCAGACUUAUCAGAAAUUUUCAAGCUUCAUGAAGCGGGAUACUCGCGACGAUCUUGACAUGCCGUGUGGUCGAGAUCUCUCAGUUGUUGAAGAAAAAUUAGUUGCAGCAAUAAAGGUAUUUAAAGAUCAAAGGUUAAGUAGCAGUAAGCAUUUUGGGGAAGAGGUGAAAACCAAUUGUUCAAAAGAGUUCAUGGAUGCUCUGCAAACUUUAAGUUCAAAUAAGGACUUGUUCUUGAAACUACUACAAGAUCCUAAUUCUGUACUAGUGAAGCAGAUGCAAAACUUGGAUGAUGCUCAAUUAGACGAAGACCAGAAACAGGGUUCUUUGAUGGGAUCUGGUUUGUCUAAGGAGAAGCUAAUCAACUCGAAACCUGAUGAUCUUUCAGAUCGUAAACACCGUAAAUUCUUCCACAGAAAGAGCAAAUCUCUUGAAAGCUACCCCACCGGAGGAAAUAAAAAUUGUCAAUCUUCAAGUAAAAUUGUCAUCUUGAAGCCAGGACCAACAGGGUCACAGAGCUCACGUGCUGACAUCAGUAUUAGCAGCACUUCUUUGCAGUCGCCUUAUGCCAUGGAUAAUAAGGUACAGAAUGAAAGGAAUACUUCUCAGUUCUCUUUUAAUGAAAUUAAAAGAAAGCUGAGGCAUGCCAUGGGAAAGGAGAAGCCUGGGAUUGCUCCUGAUGGAUUGGUCCUUGAAUUUCCUUCUAAGUCUCAAAAUGGGAACUAUAGUGGCAAAGUUUCUGGUGGAGAAAAUGUUGGGUGGAGUUCUCCAAAUAGGAACCAUUUCUAUACUGAAAGAUUUGCCAAAUCCCAAACUGGCUUUAAGAGCAAUGAACAAGUGGGAAAAUCAAAAGAUAAUGGUGCAGAAAUUGUAGACGGGACUCUUAAUUAUCCGAGGAAAGGGGUGUCUAAUAUCUAUAUUGAGGCUAAGAAACAUCUCUCCGAGAUGCUUAACAAUGGAGAUGAAAAUGCAGAGUCUGCUAGCCAUCGCAUACCGAAGUCCCUGGGCAGGAUUCUUUCUUUUGCCGAGUACAGCGAUUCUCCAUGCUUCAGUCCUAGAAAAUACGGUGAUGAUUUAUUCAUAACUGCCCAGAUGAGGUUAUCUCCUCGAGGCAUGGCUAACAACAUGAAUCAUUUUGUGCAAGAAAACCAUGACAAUCAUUCAAAUUCGCCUGGGCCAAACUUAGAGAGUCAACUUCCCAUAGCUGUUGACAGCGCCAAUGAGAAAGUACAAUCUUGUAAUACAGAAAUCAAUAUUCCAAGCAAACAUGAUCGUGAUUGUUCUGAAGAAACUGAAUCUUUUAUCCACGACGUAAUAAUUCCUGAAGCUCUGAUUUCAUCUUCAAGAGUUGUGGAGACUGAAGAAUCAACUGGAUCAAGUCCCGAGGAAGGGGAAAAACUCAUAACUAUUUCUGGAGAUUUGGCUAGAGAUGAGCAGGAUGGUGGUAUUGAAGAAAUGGCCAUUGAAGAAAGUCCUUCCCAGUGCUUGAAAACGGCUCCAUCUGAAGAAGAUGAGAUAUCAUCUUCUCCAUCAGUGUCACCAUCGCGCACUCCAAUCAGCGGGAAAGUAGAUCCUGAUUGUGAAAUUGUUAAAAUGGAACAACCGAGUCCCAUAUCCGUUCUUGAGCCAUUAUUCACAGAAGAUGUCGUUAGUCCUGCAAGCACCAUAUCUCAGUCAGGCGAUAAAGAAAUUCAACCACGACAAAUCCAUUUUGAAGAACAAUCUGCUUCUAGUGACCAGGGAAUUUGUACAAGAAUUUCUGUCGAGGGUGAGGAAUCUGCAUUUGAAUAUGUGGAAGCAGUCUUGUUAGGUUCAGGUUUGAACUGGGACGAAUUUCUUUUGAGUUGGCUUUCUUUGAACGAAAUUCUCGAGUCCUCGCUUUUUGAUGAAGUUGAGUUGUUUUCUAGUCGAUCUCGUCAUGAUCAGAAACUCCUCUUUAAUUGUACCAAUCAAGUUCUAAAGGACAUCUGUGAGACUUAUUUUGGAUGUUUCACGGGGAUAUCAUUUGUUAAACAGAAUACUCGCUCAAUCCCAACUGGUAUAAAUCUUAUUCAUGAGGUAUGGGAAAAUGUCGAAUCACAUCUCUUUCAGCAUCCAUCACCACAGUCUCUGGAUCAGUUCAUCAAGAGGGAUACAACAAAACAUGAAAAAUGGAUGUGCCUCCAAUCAGAUAUCGAGCAUAUUGGUACUGAAUUGGGAGAGAUGAUUUUCAAUGAAUUGGUCGAGAACACUGUGUUGAGUUUUGCAAAUGAUACUCCAGAAUAUGAAUUCACUGUGCUUCCAGUUGAAUCUGAGGAAAUUGAAGAUAUUGACUUGUAA